GGUUAGGUAACAGUUAUUUUUCAGAGCGUCUUAUCUUUUUAAUAAAUAACUCAUCUUAAACCAAUAAUCUACCUAAUGUUAAACUUGUACUGCUUACUUCGUAUACUAGGUGGUACGUAAUCUGUCUGAAGUGGCACGCCUUAUACCUUUUUUCUUUUUUUACGGUACCUGGCAUAAGCAAAAUGUCGUGUACUCACCGCAAUCUCAUCUGCAAUGUCGAUCGAUUUCGGGAUAUUUAACCCUACAUUAUUUUGUUCAGUUUCUCCUCAUAUUUCUUACAACCUUAUUCAUUAUUACCAUUCCAACAAUAAGAGGAUAGGUCAUCAAGUAAAACCGCCAAGAUGGCCUUAGCCUACAAUCAUUUGAAGCUGCUCAAUGCCGCUAUCGACACCACGCCCCUCAUUGAUAAUCACGCUCAUCCGCUACUCACCGCCGAGAACGUGAGUAAGCACUAUUUAUUGUCUAUUGCUACCGAAGCCAGCGGGGCCGCUCUCCGCGACUCUAAGAAAAGCCUUGCUCAUAUUCGGGCCGUGAAACACCUAUCCGGCGUUCUUGGCUGCGAGCAGACAUGGGAAGCUGUCGAAGCUGCCGUCGAGCGGAAACGACUCGAAUCGCGCGACGCUUGGAUUAAGCGCUGCCUUGACGGCAUCGAGACUAUCUUAAUCGAUGACGGACUAGAUGUACAGGGCCAAGCUGAGACUUAUUCGUGGCAUAGCCAAUUUACCAGGAGUAAAUGCAAGCGCAUCGUUAGGAUUGAGACGGUAGCAGCGGAUGUCAUAGCUAAGAGCUUCAUUGCGCACCAUGAGAACCAUCCUGCUACGAGCUGCUGUAUAUCACAAUUCGAAACUCUGGUGGCCACGGAGCUUUCGCUACUUGCUGCGGAUCCCGAUGUUGUCGCUUUCAAGUCCAUCGUCUGUUAUCGAACUGGGCUAGACUUUUCUUCUUCAAAGAGCGACAUAGACAUGGAAGAUGCGGAAGACGCUCUGAUGGACAUAUUAAGCGCGGGAGUGACGCCUGGGACGCCCGUUUCUGGAUUCUCGUUGCGGAAGAGAAUAGCGCACUCGUCCCUAAACAGCCUGAUCGUCCAUGCUGCCGCUGACGUCGCUCAAGAACACGGGAAACCAAUCCAAUUUCACACCGGUCUCGGCGACAACGACAUUAAAUUAACCAAGUCGUCGCCGUCUCAUCUACAAGCUUUCAUCGAAGAGUAUCCCGCGCUCCAGAUCGUACUGCUCCACGCAGGCUAUCCUUGGACAAGAGAGACGGCGUACCUGGCAGCCAUGUAUCCGCAUGUCUAUGCUGAUAUCGGUGAGGUAUUCCCCUGCAUCAGCCGUAAGGGCCAGGAAAGCGUCCUGAGAGAAAUGCUGGAAGUAUGCCCGUGGUCUAAGAUCCUCUGCAGCACGGACGGACACGGGUUCCCAGAGAUGUACUUGACCGCGACGACUCAGCUCCGCUCUGUUCUAAAGACGGUAUUAGGAGACUUGGUUCAGACUCGGCAACUUGAUGAAAAGCAAGCCGUACAGCUCGUUCAAGAUAUCCUGUUUUCCAAUUCCAAGAAGCUUUACAAACUUGAGACGGAAUCUACUCUCCCCAGUCUCGCACAAUUAUCAACCGUCUCGGCUACCAACUGGAGUAACCAGACAAUUAUCCAGCAACUUCAGAGCAUGAAUGCCAAGUAUCUACGCGUCUACUGGCACGACUACACUUCCAGCAACAAGUGCCGGCUUAUCCCAAUCAAGCAGGUGUUCAAGACGCUGUCGAGCGGUAAACCCCUGACACUAUCUCUUGCCAAAGCUAGUUUCGGGAUGACGCAGAUCGACGUGUUGAUUCCCCAAGCAUCGGCAACCGGUAUGUACACAGCCCAUCCAGAUUGGUCGAGUCUGAAAUCUGGCCCCGUCGACGGCCAUGUCAGCUGUUAUGCAUACUUCACAGAGCUGGACGGCUCGGAGGCGAUAUUAUGCCCGAGAACGAUCCUGCGUAACGUGGUCAAGAAAGCAGCAGACGAAGGAUUAAACUUCCUCCUCGGUUUCGAGGUCGAGUUCCUCGUCAUGGAACGCGGUCCGGCUGGCUCCCGCUUAGGCCAAUUUCGAACACUACGUAGUGACGGUCACAGCUGGUCGGUAGCGAGGGCAUUCGCUGAUUGGGGCCGCGAGGGAAGCUUUGCCACAGCUAUUGACGAGAUCCUGGAUAGUCUGGACGCAGCAGGCAUCGAGAUUGACCAGUUCCAUGCCGAGAGCGCACCAGGCCAAUUCGAGCUUGUGUUGUCGCCGUUGCCACCGCUAGAAGCCUGCGAUAGCGUGCUCCAUGCGCGCCAGAUCCUCGAAUCCGUCUCGGCGCGCCACGGGUUCCGAGUAACGCUCCACCCUAAGCCGUUCCCUACAAAAUGCGGGUCAGCCUCGCACAUGCACAUGUCUAUCUCUUCUCCCGGAGGCGACCGGCCGGAGGUCUACGAGUCGUUCUAUGCCGGCAUCCUUGAACAUUUCCGUGCUAUCAUCGCCUUCACGAACGGCAACAUAACAAGUUACGAGCGCAUGGUGGACAGUGCCUGGGCCGGCGGACGAUGGAUCGCCUGGGGCACGCAAAACAAAGAGUUGCCACUGCGUAAGAUCGAGGGCAGCCACUGGGAACUUAAAGUCCUCGACGGCUUAGCAAACCCGUACUUCGCCGCCGCGGCGCUUUUAACCGCCGGCACGGACGGUGUCCGGAGAAAGGCAUCGCUGACCUGGAAAGACUGCGCAGGGGAUCCCGCCCGCUUUACUACGGAAGAGAGGGCCGAUUUGGGUAUCGAGAAGAUGUUCCCGGCGGACUUGCGGGAGGCUCUGCAGGCGCUCCAUUCGGACGAUAGUCUCGGCCUUGAUCCCGAGUUUGUGCAGCGGUAUAUUCAUGUUAAGGAGGCUGAGCUGGCGAUGCUAGAGCCUAUGACGCCUGAGGAUCGGCGCGAGUGGAUCAUGGAGAGAUAUUGAGAGUAAAAGUAAUAGUAAUAAUA